AUGACUGGGACAACGAGGAGUGGACUGGAUCUCUGGUGGACUCGCGAGUCUGAUCCACUUCCUGCACAUGUGACAGCGACGGACCCUGCUGCUGCGCCGCCAUCACAACCGCCGCUACAAGAUCAACAGACGCCACCUCCGGGUUUGCCGUAUUCCGCUGUGCAGCAGCAGCAUCACCACCAGCAACCGCCAGGCACGCUGAUCUCGGGGGCGCCACCGGCAGGGUCCACGUCAUCUGCUCAGGCGGCAGGCUUGGCAAAGGAUCCAGCCGUCACAUGUGUAGGGGAUGUGCGGAAGGUGGCUCCUCCGCCUUCCUCGUCUGGAUCUUCGAGGACAUUUAAUGAUUUAUCCAAUCUUCUUAGUAAUCUUACCAUUUUAAAGCCGGAUUUUCUCAUUUUCUUGAAGGAAUAA